AUGGUCGACCCGAACUCAUCCACCAGUUCGCUGGCACAUUCAGUGGCCCAAGGUAGCAGCGGUAUGGAGCUUGAAGAGAUCAAACCGCAACAGUCGCCGCUCGCCCAUGGCAAGGACCUCGAACACGGCCGAUCACUUGAACUCAAACGCACCUCGACUAACAAGAGUCACAAGUCGCAAGUCGAGGAGACCAAUUACGAGCACCCCCUCACAGAUCUUUCCCGGAAUAUCGUGGGAUGGGAUAGUGAGGAUGAUCCGGAAAACCCUCGCAACUGGACGGAUAAGAAGAAGUUCUCUAUGCUUAGUCUGGUUUCAAUGAUCACGUUCAUCAGUCCUCUGGCUUCCGCCAUGUUUGCGCCGGGAAUCUCGUUCAUGAACAAAGAGUUCAACAAUCACUCCAGCGAACUUUCCUCGUUCGUCGUUUCGGUUUUCGUUCUAGGGUGGGCCGUAGGUCCCCUACUUCUCUCACCACUGUCGGAGAUCUACGGGCGGAGACGCGUGCUAGAUAGUGGUAACAUCUUCUUCGUAGUCUGGCAGAUUGGGUGCGCCCUUGCGCCCAACCUAGGAUCACUGAUUGCGUUCCGUUUCCUUGCUGGAGUGGGUGGUUCUGGAUGUCUCACUAUCGGCGGUGGAGUCAUCUCGGACCUCUUCGCACCCGACCAGCGAGGCAUGGCAACAGCAAUGUACUCCCUUGGCCCACUAUUCGGUCCCGUUGUUGGCCCCAUCGCCGGUGGAUUUCUGGCGCAGCGGGCCGGAUGGAGAUGGGUUUACUGGGUUCUCCUGAUUGCCGGAGGACUCAUCACUACGCUGAUCUUUGUGGUCAACGAAGAGUCCAACCCCCACGUCCUCAUCGCCCGCAAGACUGCUCGUCUCAGGAAGGAGACCGGUAACCCGGACCUAAUCAGUUGGUACGACAAGAGUCACCCCGGCCGUACGCCCCGUCAGGUGUUGAGAAACGGCUUGACGCGGCCUCUCAAGCUUAUCGCGCGCUCGCCCAUCAGCGCUCUGAUGUGCAUCUACAUGUCGUUGAUCUACGGAAUCCUGUAUCUCCUCUUCACCAGCAUGACCCUCGUCUUUGCGCAGCAGUACGGCUGGGAGCCCGAGAUCACCGGCCUCGCAUACCUCGGCAUCGGCAUCGGAUUCUUCAUCGGGCUGGCGAUCAUGGCUGUCACAAAUGACAGGAUGGUGGUCACGUUGGCGAAGCGCAAUAACGGCGUCGCCGAACCGGAGAUGCGCCUGCCGCUGUCAGCCGGCUUCGCUUGCUUGAUCCCCAUAUCCCUCUUCUGGUACGGAUGGUCGGCCGACAAGGCGACGCACUGGAUCGUUCCCAUCAUUGGAAUCAUGCCCUUCGGAAUUGGAAUGAUGGGUAUUUUUGUGCCGGUUCAGACCUACAUGAUCGACGCCUUCGUUGAGCACGCCGCCUCCGCCGUCGCCGCAUUGACGGCAACCAGGAGUUUGGUCGGCGCAGUCCUCCCGCUUGCUGGAGGUCCCAUGUACGCAAAGCUCGGUCUCGGAUGGGGAAACAGCUUGCUCGGCUUCAUCAGUUUGGCCCUCGUGCCGGCCAUCUGGUUGAUCUACAAGCACGGCGCGCAAAUCAGGAAGAACCACCCCAUCAACUUGGACUAA